AUGAAUGGCGUCUGCAUCGAGCUGGGCGCUGCGCUCACCGUACUAGUUGCCAGCAACAUUGGACUUCCUAUCUCGACAACUCACUGCAAAGUUGGCUCUGUAGUGUUUGUGGGCCGCGCUCGCUCUCGAGAUAAUGUCAACUGGUCCAUAUUUCGCAAUAUCCUCGUCGCCUGGCUCGUCACAUUGCCGGCGGCUGGUGGCAUUGCCGCUCUGGUCAUGUUCGGUCUCUCCUUCUUGAUCAAAUAG